UUGCUCCUCCUCGGGGUGGGCGGGUUGCAAAAAAGAUGGCGGAGAGCGGUGCUGACGGUGCGGCCUCCGGUACUGCCGUGCAGGCGCCGGAGAAAGGCCUUAUUCGGGUCACCGUCAAAACACCUAAGGAUAAGGAGGAGAUUAUGAUUGGGGAGACAGCGUCCGUGCGGGAGUUCAAGGAAGAGAUAUCCAGACGGUUCAAAGCUAAACGGGAUCAGCUGGUUCUGAUCUUUGCUGGGAAGAUCUUGAAAGACGGGGACACUCUGAACCAGCAUAACAUUAAGGAUGGGCUUACUGUUCAUCUGGUCAUCAAGACGCCACAGAA